ACUCCUAAUUUUCUUGCAUCCAAAAAACAAAUUCUUUCUUCUACAGUAUACUUCACUCAUAUUUUCCUCUCAAAUUUUAGUUUAUCUGAAAUAUAUAAUCUGUGAAGAAAAAAAAAAAAAUGGCUAGUAGUGAAGAAGUAAGUGAUAACCAAGUUACUAAUCAGCUUCAACCAGCUCCUUCAACUCUCCCUUCUUACCCUGAUAUGAUAAUGGGAGCAAUAGAAGAAUUGAACGACGAAAACGGUUCAAACAAAUCCGCAAUCGCAAGACAAAUCGAAUCAACAUAUGGUACACUCCCACCAGCACACAGUACACUCCUCGCACACCACUUAAACAAAAUGAAACAAACUGGUCAACUCACUCUUUCCAAAAACAACUACAUGAAACCUAACCCUAACGCGCCGCCACGUCGCGGUCGUGGCAGACCACCAAAACCUAAAGCUCCGUUGCCAGCUGGAUACGUCCCACCGCCGCCGAGACCACGUGGCAGGCCACCGAAGGAACGUGAUCCACACGCGCCGAUACAAGUGCCUAUGAAGAAGAGUGGAGGGAGUGGGAGGACACGUGGCAGGCCACGUAAGUAUCCGGUUGUGGAGAAGACGGUGGUGAAGGAUGCGAGCGGUGUUAGGAGAGGUAGAGGUAGGCCGCCGAAAGUGAAGACGCAGGUUGCUGCAAGUGUAGGGGCUUAAUUGAAGAGGGAGAAAUAGUUUUAGGACUUUUAUUGCAAAAAGCUAAUUCUAAUGUUUAAUCUGAAUUUUAAUGUUUUAGUCCUUGUAGUUUUGUUUAAUUUUUAUUUUUAGGAAGAGAUGUGUGUGAGGGAUUUGUAAUGUUGUAACUGGGCUGGAUGUAAAUGAAAAUUGAGGAUUUUAUUUAAAUAUUCAGAAAGAUUCUGU